AGGUUUAUCGCAGCCAUAGUAGUCGAUAUAAGGAAAUAAAAGAGACUAUGAAAUACUUGUCACGGUGAAAAGCUUGAGAAGAUGGAGCUCAAUAUAAGACUGUAGUUUAGCUGGCCAGCACUACGAUGGCCGGCGACUCCCCUAUUAUCCAGGGAACAGGCGAGCGGCGAGAGUGGAGGAAGAGAUUUAGUCUUCGAGCCACCAGACGCGCUACUUUCGAUGAGGAGUCCCAAGGGCCACGCCCAAGCUGGUCUCGGAGGUGUGCCAGUCUCAAGCAGAGCUCCCGCCACAUCCUGGACAACUCCCCGCCCAACGCGAGUGGCAGGUCCACCCCGGUACAGGACGUCCAGCCUGCUGCCGCCGCUGCCAUCCCUAGGAAGUCAAACUGGGAGGUCAUCGAACACUACAGCGACCCCAGCACUCCGAAGAGCAGGAGACCUUCUAUGAUGAGCCGAGGAGAGAGCCUGCGCGAAGAGGAGGAGCCGGACGAGGAUACGGAGGCGCAGGAGACGCUGUUGCAGAUGAAGGGUCGGCGGGCUGAGACUGUCCUGGCCAGACACGCCACCAAAAAGUCCUACUGGACACGGUUAAGAAAUAAAUUGUGUACAGCACAUAGGUUCAAAAACCUCCAGGUUGAGAUGCUCUACCAGAGGUACUUCCUCCACACGAACCAGAGUCAUAUGACCCACCUGUUGGGGUUGCUCCUGGGUUUAUGUUCGGUACUGGGGGUAGGCCACCUCGCCUUUGCCGUCAACGUAACAACAGAUGGACUGCACGUCAGUCCCCCCGCCCUUCUCACCACCAUCACCCUCCUUACCUGUGUACUCGUUUAUGCAGGCUUAGUGGGAGUGUUGUCACGUCCCGCUCUCAACGAACUCUAUUUGAUCGGCGUCUCUUACGUCAUCAUGGCCACGUUCCUAAUCCUGGAGUUAAGCCUGAGCGUGUCCCUCAGUCCUGUCUGGGCCACCAUGUUCUUCAUCUACGUGACGUACGCGCUGCUGCCCAUCAGACUGCAGGAGGCCGUGGCUGCCGGGGUAGUGCUGUCACUCUCCCAUCUCCUUUGUACUAUGUACUUGACUAACCCCAAACCGGCCCAUGGCAAGGAGAUGUUGGCGCAGCUUGUACUGUUGGUAUGUACUAAUGUAGCGGGGGUGCUGACACACUACCCCAGUGAACUGGCCAAAAGACAAGCUUUUCUGGAGACGCGACAGUGUGUGGAGGCCAGGCUAACCAUACAACGCGAAAAUCAGCAACAGGAACGGCUGUUACUAUCAGUGUUGCCUCGACAUGUUGCCAUGGAGAUGAAGGCUGACAUCGCUGGAAAACCGCAGGACACCAUGUUCCACAAAAUAUACAUCCAAAAGCACGAAAACGUAAGCAUCCUAUUUGCGGAUAUCUGUGGAUUCACAAGCCUGUCUGAUCAGUGCACGGCCCAGGAGCUGGUACGGCUGCUCAACGAACUAUUCGCAAGGUUUGACAGGUUAGCCCAGGAACACCACUGCCUCCGUAUCAAGCUACUGGGAGACUGCUACUAUUGUGUCUCAGGCCUGCCUGAACCGAGACCCGACCAUGCGCACUGCUGUGUCGAAAUGGGUCUUGAUAUGAUAGACGCCAUAGCUUUAGUGCGAGACGUAAUGGGUGUGAACGUGAAUAUGCGUGUGGGAAUACACACGGGCAGAGUACACUGUGGUGUGCUGGGUCUGCGCAAGUGGCAGUUUGAUGUCUGGUCCAACGAUGUCACUCUAGCCAACUAUAUGGAAAGUGGUGGAAUUCCCGGGCGGAUACACAUCACAAAAGAGACUCUCCGUUACCUGGACUCGGCGUACCAGGUAGAGCCAGGGCGAGGAGGAGAGAGGAAUUCCUAUCUCAGGGACCACAACAUCGAGACCUACCUGAUAGUGCCGGAGGAUACUUUCCGAAUGAAUCAACAGUCUAUAAAGAAGCCAGGUGGGGGAGGAGGGUUCACGAUGAACGGAAGUGUGGCCAAGGAACUGCGAGUGAUGGGUCACGGCUCUCAGGCUGCCAAGCAUAACAAACUAGGGUUUGGAGAGAGUAUAGAAGAGAAGGAUGCGGAGGAUGAGGUGAACGACUACCUCAUGAGGGCGAUAGACGCCCGCAGCAUCGACCGCCUCAGAGCUGAGCACUGCCACUCCUUCCUCCUGCGGUUCCGCAAGCCGGAAAUUGAGGAUAAGUAUAUGAAAGAAAGGGACCGGAUGCUGAAGACUUACUUCAUUGCCUCCCUCUUCAUCUACUUGGCUAUCACCGUAGUGCAACUCCUUGUUCUACCUCACACAGUAUUGCUGUUCGUCUGCUUCCUGGUCGGUCUCGUCUACAUCGCAAUCGUCAACAUGGUCGUGCUGGCAGAGACUUCUAAGAAGCUGUUACUGAGUUUGAAAGACAUUUCCAAACUGGUCCACGAGAACCGAUCACUGGCCCAGCUUCUCGCUACUUCCGUCAUCUUCAGCACAUUCUUGCUCACUGUUAUUCCCAUGGUAGCAUCGAACGCGUGGCUUUGUAAAGAACCAUCAGGAUUGAAGGAGAUGUUAGUGUUUAACUCCAGCUGGAACGCCUCCAGCUCCAGUAACUCCAGCAGACUGUCGGCAAACCUCAGCAACUCCAGCGCGAUGGAUGAGAACACCACGGUCUACUACAAUCACGUCGACCACUGCUUCACCGGCCAAGACUCCGUCCUUCCGUACCCUGACUGCCUUUUGCAGUACAUCCUUCUGUACGUACUGCUGAUAAUGAUCAUGACGGCAGUAUAUCAGGUGCUCAUCAGUCUCAUCAAGCUCGUCAUCCUUGUCGUCGUCUCUGCAGUGUAUCUCAUCCUUUAUCUGACUGCUCCUUUCUAUAUCAGUCAGGCAGAUACCUGGCAGCUGUAUCUGAUGGUGGUGAUCCUGGUCGGCUUCAUGUUGGCACUGGUCAUCCACUCCCAGCAGACGGAGGCCACAUACCGUCUAGACUUCGUCUGGAAGUUGCAGGCCACUGAAGAGAAGGAGGACAUGCAGCAUCUCCAAGCAUAUAACCGCAAGUUGUUGGCAAACAUACUUCCAGAACAUGUAGCAGAACACUUCUUGUCCAGUGACAAAAACUCGGAUGAGCUGUACCACGAGCAAUGUGAUCACGUGUGUAUCAUGUUCGCUUCCAUACCCAACUUCUCGGAGUUCUACAUUGAGCUAGAGGGCAACAACGAGGGAGUCGAGUGUCUGCGGCUGCUCAACGAGAUCAUCGCCGACUUCGACGAGAUCCUGUCCGAGCCCAAGUUCAGCUCCAUCGAGAAGAUCAAGUCUACCGGGGCCACCUACAUGGCAGCGUCAGGUCUGACCAAAGCAACAUGUGACAUGAAAGAUUUACAACACGUGACUGCUAUGGCGGACUACGCCCUCCGACUGAGGGAACAGCUCAAGUACGUCAACGAACACUCCUUCAACAAUUUCAGGAUAAGAAUAGGGAUCAACAUCGGACCCGUGGUGGCCGGUGUUAUUGGCGCUAGGAAGCCACAGUACGAUAUCUGGGGCAAUGCUGUCAAUGUGGCCAGCAGGAUGGACUCUACUGGGUCACUUGACAGUAUUCAGGUGACACAAGAAGUGUACCAGGUCCUCCACAGCAAGGGUUACCCGCUGACAUGCCGUGGCGCUGUGGAGGUCAAGGGUAAGGGCACCAUGGUCACUUAUUUCCUCAACGGUUAUGCUGACGCUACGCCCCCUUCCGAUGCUGCAUGCUAAAUCAGACGCAGGGAGAGAUAUGAGAAGAUACUCGCUCGGUUCGACCCCAACCAAGCCAAAUAGACUGUGAUGACGUCCAGAGUGAUCAAACCAAAGCGACUCUCAGAGACUAUUUUUGUACUUUAUUAUAAGUUUACAAUAUUAGCUUUAUGAUCGAUAUUAUUAUUACUAUGUAUGGCAAGUUCCACGGUCAAACCUGGAACCUAGAAUAAAUCGCUUUCAAAUAUUUUUGUUAAGUUUAGUUGUAAGCCAAAGGCCUUCCAACCAUGUCUGUCUGUAACACUGUACAUAGGUUAACUCCAUGUGGUAACUAUAUUUUCCUCUGUAACAAGUAACAAUUUUGUAUAAAAUGUAAUAAACCUGUAAGGUACAUAUAUUUUUAUGAGGACUUAAAACUACUGUGUACAUUCUAUCGUAUUAAAAUAAAAAAUAUAUUUCUUUACCGUGGUUCAUUUAACAUUAUAUAAUAAUGUAUUUAAAUAUAAAAAAUAGUUUUAUAUAAAAUAUUGAAUAAACGGAUUACUAUUAUUUAAACUAUUACUAAUAAAUUCCGAUGUAACGUUAAUGUAUAUACUAUUAAUAAAAGCAUAUGACGUUUCAAGGCAUCCCAUUCAGAAAAAAGUUUGUAAAAUAUUUUCAGUAACACUGAACUUUUUGGGGGUCAAAAAUCGCUAAUGCGUCGAUUAAAAUUAAAUAUUAAAUAGUGCAACCUUUAAAUGGUUAACACUAUUAGAACUAAAUGUUUUUUAAGUUUUAAACAUUUUUGUAUAAUUAAAACUAAUAAUAGAUUUAACAAACCCCCAAUCUUAACUAAAAAAAUACCUGUUUUUGAAACAAAAACUAUCAUUUUUUAAGUCUACAGCAGUGUAAUUCAGUAUGAACCAUGUAAAUUAUCUAAACAAAUUACCAUUUAAAAUGCCAAUUACGUGGUAAUGAGUAACACUUUAGAACUCGAGAUUUACAGCUUUUUCUGAAAUAUUGGAAAAAAAUAAAAAGCUCUCCCCUCCUGAGUGUAUUAUAAUUUCCUUGAAUCCUAACUCUUGAAAUUCAGGACUGUAUGAAUGCAAGGAUUGUUUAAUUUAAAUGAAAAUUAGAUACUUAUUUCAGUGUAUUUACUUUACUUACAGUAAAUUUUAAAUGUAUUCCUCAGAAAAAUGUUAGUGAAAUAAUCACUUUAGCUUUCAUUAGAUUAAAUUAGCUUUCAUUAGAUUAAAUUACUUUCACCUUUAUGGCCAAAAAGUCAAAUAUCAUUUAUAAUAUAAUCCUUCAUCGUUUCUCAAUUCCGUCUUCCAAUAUUUUUUAUAUUAUAACCUCUUUAUAAAAAUAAUUUCAGAUUUUGCAAGUCACAUAUUACGUGCUAGCUAAUUAGGUGCAGUUUAAAACAUCUUUUAAAAUUUAUUAACCCGUUUAAACAUGAUUAUUACUAUGAUUUAUAGUGUAGUGAAUUUUACAAAACACGAAAUAAUUAUUCCAAGCCAAGGAUAAGGUUUGCUUUGUUUUUAUUACGUAAAUUGCUAUUGUUUGCCUUUUGUUCAUACUUUUACAUUUUUAAAUGAUUUACGUUCUCCCUCUUACAUUACACUGAUAAGUUUUUGUUACAUCCCUACACAUUUCGUUUUAAAUUUUAAUGUAUGCACAAGAUCUGCACAAUUGGAAAGUGACCGUAAUGAAAUCAAUGGAUCAAAUGAGCAGAAACUUACCUUGCUUGUUGUUUCUUAAUACACGGUUAUGUAUGUUGUUAUUUCGCUUCAACAUAAAUCCAUAUUUUAAUUCAAAUUAUAAAACUGCUAAAAAGAUUUUGAUUACAUUACACAAAUUAACUAACUAAUUAUAAACUAAUUAACUAUUUACACAAAACAAAUGCAGCUGGAGAACGGUGUAUAUAUUUCUUUAAGUUUCAAGAUUUCUUUACCCAACGUUUCAUCUUACAAAUCCUGUAUUCUGACUAGUAUGUAUACUAAUAUAACAUACUAGGAAUUCUUCCACCAUGGCAUAUUUAUCUUCAUUCUUACACUUGUAAUAUUCCAUUUAGCUCCAAUGUUCUGUGGUGCAAUUUACAAUCUUUGGUAUCUAUUCUCUCUUCCAAAUUAUAUAAACAUAACUGUAUUUGAACUAAUAGAUAAUUCUUGGCACUAAAAUAUGAUUUUUUUAGAACAAACUAAUAUGAAAUGCUACUACUCAAUCUAAUAUUAUACAGACACUUUUUUGACAGUUAAGAUUCAAGGAACGUUAAGAUUCUGAAUUGUCUCUUCUUGUAAACGAUGACUAGUAGCCUAAUUGUUACCCAAAAGUGUUAAAUGUUGUAGAUUUGAAAUGCAGGCAACUGUUUCCGACUAGCUUCCAUAUUCCUGUUUGCCUAUUUAUCAAUGUAAAAAUAAAAUUAGGAACUGUUUUAUAUUUUGUACGCCUCCCGAUUCCUGUUGCUACUGAAUGUUAUCAUUAGAAUUUGUACAUAAUAUUGUUAUAGCGAAGAUUCUUUCUCUUCUAUUCUAUAAAUUGAAAAAUAACACUUUUGUAAUAAAUUAUAUUUUUGCCGUCUUUGUGAAA